GCACUUAUCCAGUUAUCUAUUUCGAUCGCUACAUUUCUAUUUCCUAUAUCUACCAACCAUCAGAAACCCUAAUGUUCCUUCCGUAACAGUGAGUGAGGAAUCAUCACUCUCGUUUCUCGAUCCACAACAUCGUUGGAGCAAAAUUCCCAAUUCGCUCUCUCUUUCUCUCUCUGAAAUUGGUCUCUUCACUCUUCCAUGUCGGGUCGAGGAGGAAGGGACCGGUUUAGGAGGGAUUACCCUUCAAGGUACGAAGAUAGUAGGGGAAAUGGGGUUAGCGGGCGUGACAACCGCAGUGGCAACAGCAACAAUAACAAUCCACCUUCCAGGCACCUUUGGGUUGGGAAUCUAUCCCACAGCAUUAUAGAGGAUGAACUUGCUCAUCAUUUCUUACGGUUUGGACCAUUGGAGAAUGUGGCAUUCCAGCCUGGCCGCAGCUAUGCUUUCAUUAACUUCAAAAGGGAUGAAGAUGCUAUUGAUGCCAUGAGAGCACUGCAAGGGUUUCCUCUUGCUGGCAACCCACUUAGAAUUGAGUUUGCAAAGGCGGAUAAGCCAUCAACAAUUCCACGUGAUGAAGAUUACUCGUGGGAUGAGCGGAACUCAACAUUAAGGGGAUCUCCUUUCUCUCAAAGAGAGUUUAGAGGACGCCAUGGUAGCCCUGAACCACAUUACUCUGAUAAAUCCAAGCCGAGUGAUAAAAAUCCAGAUCCCAGUGAAGUUUUGUGGAUUGGGUUCCCAGCUCAGUUGAAGGUGGAUGAGUCAAUUUUAAGAAAGGCUUUUUCUCCAUUUGGUGAGAUAGUGAAGAUUACUACAUUUCCAGGUCGGAGUUAUGCCUUUGUUCGUUUUAGGAGUCUGACGUCUGCGUGCAGAGCAAAAGAUAAUCUGAAGGGAAAGUUAUUUGGGAAUCCCCGUGUACAUAUUUGUUUUGCCAAGAGUGAAACAGGUUCAUCAAGCAACGGCAGGAGCUCAUUUAAUAUUCCUCGUUCCCCAAUUUACAAGUCAAGUGUUCGCGAUGGAUCUUCUGAGAAUCUCAGGCAGGAUAGGAGCUUCAAUGUAGAUCGCAACAUUAGUUCUCCAAACCAUUUCCCAAAUUGGGAUUCUGAUGCUUAUGAUCUUAACAAAAGAGGUUCUUCAUGGGCUGGUGGGACUAACUCAUAUGAGCAAAGGAAAGUUGGAGAGAAGGGGAGAACACUAGGAGUAUCACAAGAAAUCUAUGAGGAUAUAAAUAGUCCAUCUAGAGAAAGACAUGCUCAUGUGGGUGAUUUCCCACACAGAUUUCCUCAAAAGGGUGCAUUCUUUGAUGAUCUGCGUGCCUUGCCUGAUGUUCCCUAUCUACGUGAGGCUAAAAAGCUAAGGACUGCUUCUCCUCCUCCUGAAAGAGAGCUUCCGGAGUAUCCUUUCUCUGAGUUAGAAAGGCAGAAACGUGUUUUCCCAAGAUUAUUAUCUGAUUUUCCCCAACAUGAGCCUUUUGAUAAAAGCUUUGAUGCUGGAAAUUUUACGUAUGGACAGACGCUUGAUCACCCUCCAAAUUCACCUCUGCCUCGUUUAGAUAGACAUGAAGGUUGGAAACCAUAUGAUAGUUUCGAAAUGGGUCCUGGUGCUCUGCAAUCAACUUUUGUUGAGAAGAAGCGACUCACACCUCAACCUGAUAGUUCAUCUUUAAGUGAGUGGAAAUGGGAAGGAACCAUUGCCAAAGGUGGAACCCCUGUUUGUCGUGCACGCUGCUUCCCUGUGGGGAAAGUCCUAGACAUGAUGUUACCUGAAUUCUUGGAUUGCACUGCAAGAACUGGUCUAGACAUGCUUUCAAAGCAUUACUACCAAGCAGUUGGUGUUUGGGUUGUUUUCUUUGUGCCUGGAAGUGAUGCUGACAUUGAAUUGUACAAUGAAUUUAUGCAUUAUCUUGAGGAAAAGCAGCGCGCAGCAGUUGCCAAGUUGGAUGACAAAACCACCUUAUUUCUUGUACCUCCAUCAGAGUUCUCAGAGAAAGUACUGAAGGUACCUGGUAAAUUGAGUAUAUCUGGUGUUAUUCUGAGGUUGGAGAAUCCUGGUUUAAAUCAUGGUCCAGUACACGUUCAAGAAGAAAUGACAAAUGAAAACCUGGUGUCCUAUAAUGAGAAUAUACUGCAUUCAAAGUCAUCAUUUCCGUCAGCACGUGUACCUACAUCUCCGUCUAUUUCAGAAUUGGGUAGUUCUGGAACCAGCAAUCUUUCAUUUAUCGGAAAUAAAUUUGCAGCAGCUUCUGAUUCAGCUCGUGCCAUGGUUAUUAACAUGUCUGAGUCUCAUGAUGAAAGAGGUCGUGACUAUCCUCCUAUCCAGCAACGGAUGUCUGGACCAAAUUGGUCUUCGCAUAAUCUGCAGAACUUAAUCUCUAGUAGAACUUUAUCAUUGCAAUCAUCAAGUGGUGCCGUUGAACCUCUUGCCGAAGAACGCCAACCCAUCAUUCCAAGGGUAGUGCCAGAUGUAAACUCAAUUCAACAUUCCAGUGGAAUCUCUGGUAUUCCAUUUUAUGGUAACAGCAAGUCAUCUUACCCUGAUAUAAGACAUUUAGAUCCUUUAUCAGUGCCUGUGGGAGCCCUUCAACCCGAACAGCUUGCGCAAUUAGCUGCAACUCUUCUUGAGCAGCAGAGGCAAUCAGGAAGCUCUCUAAGUGCAUCUGCAUCAGGUGAUCCUAGGCAGAUUAACAGAUUUAAUGUGUCGGACACCUCAUCCAGACCAUCCCAGAAAUAUGCUACCGAAAACAAUCUGGUGAAUUCUGAUCUCUCAACAUCUCAGUUUGGUCAAGUUCUACAAUUACAAAAGCAACAGCAGAUGUCAAAUGUACCUCCUCUGCCACAGAUGGUUCAAAGGGAACCUCAAAGAGAGGCUAAUGGAAAUCAGCAGUUGACAGAUAGUAACUUGCAGGAAGAUGCUGAUGCAGAUCCACAGAAACGUCUGCAAGCAACACUACAGCUUGCUGCUGUUCUUCUUCAGCAAAUCCAGCAAGGAAAAGGAAGUUGAGCAGUGCCAUUAUAUCUGCUGUUGCUUUCCUGGUUUAAUGCUUAGCAUAAAGUACUAAAACGCGGAUUAAUGGUUGUUGUAAGUAGGGCGGUUAAUUUUUCAUUUAAUGCAGUGUAAUUUGUAAUAGAAAUACUCCAGGUCUUGGUUUUUUCAAUCAGCUUUUAGCAUUUCACUCAACGUGUCCUUUCUCUUUCAGAAAAGUAUUGUUUAUUUUGUUUG